ACUAGGCCAGUAGUAGUAGGCCUUAGACUGCCACACUCCACACUCCACACUCAACUUGCCACAUUUCAAGCCUCCUUUUCUCUGUCCGACUCUCCUCUACUUUGAAACCAUCCACAGCCAACCGAAAAAUCUCAACUGGUUCUGAUUCAUAUCUUGGAUUCUCGCUUGCUCGCUUUGGCUCUCCUUUUACCGAUUGUAUAUUUAUAGAUUUGGGUUUCUCUUUCUUCUCCUCAAAGAAACGAAGAGAAAUAAAAAUGGCUUCCCGCUUUUUCUUUCCGGAUUCUGAAGAAUCAAUCUCUUUUAUCAACUGGGUCAUGGUUUGUCCACCUUGUUCCACCAUCUUGUUCUCGGGUUCGUCAUAUUUUUCUCUCUUUUCCUGAUCUUCUAGAGCUUCUUUCGCUCUGUAGUGGCAAUCUGAAUAGCAUAAAACUUCUCACUUUUGAGCUUAAUUACUUCAAAAGUUUUCAACUUCUCUGCUUCAAAUUCCAUCUGGGUUUGGGUUCUCUCUCUCUCUCUCUCUCUAGGGGUUUAUACCAAAGCAACACAAUCAGAAUUCACAUGUUUUUCCAUGAUUCCCUUCGAUUCUUAAAAGGUGGGUCUUUUUAAGAUUCUUUAAUUGAUGCUAUUAAGAAAAGGAGAUUCUUGAUUCCCAGUAAAAGAUUCUGAAUUCAAUGCCUUCUAAAUCAUUGUAAAGAUUACAUUCUCUCUGCCUUCUGUCUCUGUUUCUCUCCUAUAUCUCUCACUUUAAAAGCUUGAUUUCAAUCCUUCUUACAUGAAUUAUCCAGCUAUUGUUGUAUGUUAGUGCGCUAGUAAUUAUGGAAACUCUAUAUCCGGCUUCAUAUAUGUCAAGCUCUCCUUGGCUUGCCCCAGUAAGCCAAAGCACAGAAUGGACUAGAGAAGAGAAUAAGAAGUUUGAGAGUGCUCUGGCUAUAUUCGAUGAGAAAACGCCUGACCGAUGGAUGAAAGUGGCGUCAAUGAUCCCAGGGAAGACGGUGUGGGAUGUGAUUAAGCAGUACCAGGACUUGGAAGAAGAUGUUUGUGACAUAGAAGCAGGGCGGGUUCCAAUUCCCGGCUACCUUACCUCUUCUUUCACAUUGGAGUUGGUGGAUAAUUGCAGCUUCGAUGCCUAUCGAAGAAAGUCUUCAACUGCUCGGGUUCCUGAUCAGGAAAGGAGGAAAGGGGUCCCGUGGACAGAAGAAGAGCACAGGCGGUUUCUGAUGGGGCUCCUAAAGUACGGUAAGGGGGAUUGGAGAAAUAUCUCCCGGAAUUUUGUAAUCUCUAAGACUCCAACUCAAGUGGCAAGUCAUGCUCAGAAGUACUUUCAAAGGCAGCAUUCUGGAGGGAAAGAUAGGAGGAGGCCAAGCAUCCAUGAUAUCACAACUGUCAAUCUCACAGAAACUGCAUCAGAAAAUAAUAAGCCUCACUCAUAUGAUCAGUCUUCUGUGCUGCCACCACAGCAAAAGCCCACAAGCACACCAAGAAUUUCACUCGACUGGAAUCAACCUAAUGAUGAAGCAGUCAUGGUUUUCAACCCGACUCAUGGAAUUGGAAACCUUUUAAUGUCACCUCCAUAUGACUUCAAAGUGCAAGGGCACAAUCUGUUUGGCAGUGCUUAUUAUGGAGCUCAUACCAAACCGCACAACUCAGUGUUUCAAAUCCAAUGCUCAAGACAUCAACAACGUGGAUAAGGCAGCCAUUUUCUUUUUUCUGUACUCAUUGAUUAAAAAGUGCCGAGUCCGAUCAUGUUCAGUAUAAUUUCAAUGUCAGAGCCUUUGUCAUGGUUUUCUGUGUGAUUACAUAAAUGGGGGAUCGAGUUACAUGAUUUCGAAGAAUACAGAAAGAAAAACUCUUAUACUGGUGUCAAUCUUUGAACUGGAAAGCCCUUCAAUUUAUCUGUAUAUUUCCCUUCUCUUGAAUAAUUAAUUCUUUUUCUGGUGUCAGCA